AUGCAUAUUACCGAAUUUCGAAUUAUUUUACCGAUGACAGUUGAAGAAUAUCAAGUUGCACAAUUAUAUGCAACAGCUAAAGUUUCAAAACAAAAUACAGGUGGUGGUGAAGGUGUAGAAGUUCUUACUAAUGAACCAUUUCAAAAAUCUAUGUCAGAAGCAUUUCUUGGCAAAUAUAAUGUUGGACAAUAUACAAGAAAAAUUUAUCAUUUCGCUUCACGUGUGCCAGCUUUUGUUCGUCUAGUAUUUAAAGAUACAAGUUUAUCAAUGCAUGAAGAAGCAUGGAAUGCUUAUCCAUAUUGUAAAACAGUUAUUACAAAUCCAUAUAUGAAAGAUAAUAUGAUUAUUGAUAUUUCAACAUUACAUUUACCUGAUCGAGGGGAAUCCGAAAAUGUUCAUCAAUUGACUAAUGAUGAACUUAAAAAACGUCAUAUUGUUUAUAUUCAUAUUUCGGAUAAAGUUAAUCGUAAUGAUUAUAAACCAGAAGAGGAUCCAGAAAAAUAUCAUUCAACAAAAACUGGCCGUGGUCCACUUUUAUCAAGUGAACAAUGGUAUAAAAAUUGUGAACCACACAUGUGUUGUUACAAAUUAGUACGAGAAAAAUUCAAAUGGUUUGGUAUUCAAACACGAGUAGAAAAUUUAAUUAUGAGUCAAGAAGAACGUUUAUUUCGUAAUUUUCAUCGUCAAUUAUUUUGCUGGACGGAUGAAUGGUAUGGUUUAACAAUGCAAGAUAUUCGAGCACUUGAAGCUGCUACAGUUCACGAACUCGAUAAAGGUCGUAAAGAAGGCGACAAAAAAGGCUUCGCCGCUGAAGAAUAA